AUGCCUCCCAAGACUGAAUUAAAGGGAAGCGCCGAGGUGGGAAGACGGGUGUGGAGUGUGGGGACAGAAACUAGGGAGGACUCGGCGGCGUGCAUGUGUGAAAGGAGGAUACGGCCGGGGGAUGGGCGCUCCCUCCAGCCAGGCACUAUGGGGGGGGGGGGGAUGGGCUGGGACUGCUGAAAGCUGGACUGACCCGCUCAACCCAACUCUGGCAUUGCAGGAGGGAAGAGGGCGUGUCUCCAAAUUCUCAACGCCCUCCGCACACGAAACGCGACUUCGAGAGGGGAGAGGGACGAUUCAACAGAAAGUUACGUUUCCGUGAAAAAGAGGGUGUUUUGCCCCUCUCCCUAGACGCAGUUCUCGAGGGGAGGCGUGCGGGGCGGGAGGGCGAAGGGCGGGGGAGCCGAGAAGCAGCGAAUGGAACGCUGGGAGCCGUGACGUGUCCCUCAGGCCGCCGCCCUCCCGGCUCAAACUAUAUAAAGGGCGCCGCUCUCCGCUUCUGCCUUUUUCGCUACGGGUUUGCCGCUGCUUCAGAGGUAAGCUGGCUUUCGGGCGGGUCGCGUUCAUAGGCCCAGGCCUGGGAGGGGGCGGGGACUGAGGGAAGCCCACGUGGUCCUCGCACGGCCGAGAGCCGUUCCUGGCGACUGGUAGGGGGGCCGAGGGAGAGAGGGACAGCGGCGGUUUGAAGCCGGGGGGUGGGGUGGGGAAGUGUGCAUGCGCAUGCCCGGUUGCCUUGUCCCGCGACCCAAAUGGGUUCCUCUGCCCCUGAGUCCGUUCCCCCCCCCUCAAAAAAUAACUGCCUCGGUGUGUGCGGAAUGGGGGUGGUGGUUUGUGUGUCUCGUGUGGGUGGGGGAGGGAAGUCAGAGAGGAGCAUCCGUUCUCCUCAGUGUGCAAGUGAAGGAAGGAGGGAGGGUUCCGAAGACACGUGUCGUGUUCCCUUCGGGGCGAAACGCGGCAUCUCCGGUGGGGCGGGAUGGGGGCGCCGGCUGCGGUCGUGGCAGGUGUGCCCCCAUAAUUGUCUUUAAAAAACAGCCCCUCUUUCCCAUAGCGGCCUGUUCGAUUUUACUCUUGCUUUAGUUCUGGCCCCGUGACACACGACGGCCCAUCCUCUUGUUACCUACAAGGGGCCCCUUUUCUCGGCCUUUUCCCCCGCUUUCCGCUCAGAAGGAAGAGGGAAAAAAUGGCCGCCGCCGCUGCUGCCGUCACAAAAUGGAGGGCGGGCGGGGCGCGCGUGCCAGCCAACGAGUGGCUCAACUACCGCUCCUCACCGGACACCCCCCUCCCGCCGCCCCCCCCCCAAUACGCGAACCUUCGGCACGCUUCGCUCUUCCUUACUCAUCCCCCCUCCCCGGCCCAACCCGGGCUCGUGCUCGCUUGGCUUACGACACAAAGGAGAGGGAGCCGCCCUUCUCUCCCCCCCUCAAAAAAACCCCUCCCUCUCUCCUUAUAUCCUGUAAUGGCCACGACGCGGUAGGGUCUUGAGAACAGUUUAUGAGGGGAAUUCUAGCCCAGGUUAGCCUCGUCGCGGUCGCCGUCCCCUUCUCUCACGCGCCCUCCCACGGUGGGUGGAGCUGGCUUGGGCCUAGUUUGGGCCUCGAUCCCUUCAAUCAAAGGGAGCAGAUAACCGGCCUUGGACGGCCAGCCCGCAUGGCGUCUUCUACUCGUGUUGUUAACGCUCCUCUCCACUAGGGGGUUCUGCUUUAACUGCAUUUUCUUUUUAUAAAAACUGCUGGUUUUUUUUUUACAUUCCUCUCUUCCCCCACACCUCCAAGGUGCUUUAUCUGAAGAGCAAGAGAACCAUCUACUAA